CUUCUUUCCUCUUCACCACCAUCCCUUCAGACGCACUCCUACAGUAUUUACUCCAGCUACUCCACCUAUGUCCUACAACCAUAAUCGCGAGUGGGACAGGGGCAAGGAUCCGUGGUCUCAAGGCCCUUCAUGGCAGCAACCAAAUGUCAGGCAAAGAGAUGACGAAAGUCAUCAUAAUGAAGGAAAACGUAGGAAGUUCAAUGCGGGGGGAUAUCAAGCCUAUGAUAACUCACAAGCUUAUGAAGAGGACAUGAAUCAUUCAAACAACAACCAGCACGGCGGGCAAGGUAACAAGGGCCCCAAGAAACGCCCGUCGGACCCGAGCCCCCAUGUCAUUUUUCUCGGACUCGAUCCAGACUUUACUGAAGCAGAUCUUCAAGCCUAUCUUAAUUCCCACGGUUGUAGCAUCGAAACGGUUACAAUAAUCCGAGAAAGAUCAACAGGUACUUCCAAAGGAUUCGGAUUCGCGCAAUUCUCUUCCUCAGAACAUGCACGGGCGUUUGUGGACCCCCUCUUCCCAUUCAUCAAUGUACCUCCUCCCGCCUCACAUGGACACAGUGCAACAGCAGCUUAUUACAAGGCCCUCGAGACUGGCGCACCACAUAACGGACGAAGGGUGAAGAUCGAUUACUCGCAAAGUGCUACACCCCACGAAAAAGGACGGUCAAAUCGAGGAAAUCAUAAUGACGGGACUCGUGAUAUCGGAAAUCAGUCAACGCCUGUGCUGCUCUUCAGAGGACUUGACCCAUUAUCCGGCCCUCAAGCCAUCCAUCAAACGAUGCGAGCCUCGGCAGGACCAGGAAAAGAAGGGGCGAAGGGGAUGAAAAGGAUUAUCCUCAUCAAAGAUAAAGUAACCAUGGCGAGCUUUGGCUUUGCAUUUGUCGAGUUCAUCAACACCGAAUCAGCCACAAUCGUCUUGGCGAAUGCUAUGUCUCCUCAGAUUCAUCCGUCAGGAUUGAGAAUAUCAGAUCGGCCGGUAGCAGUGUCCUACGCAAAUCCAGACUCGUUCCAGCCGAUCGCAGAAGUAAUGCUGCGCGACGAAGCAUGUUUGACCUCUUCGCUGGCAUUAGGUGGCGUCGAUGGCACUUGGGUCCGGUAUUGGGAUGAGAGCUCCACUGUCGCGGUACUCGAAUUCCAGGUAGCUCAGCCUGUUCAGCCUGCUGCACCGGCGAAGGAGAAGAAAGAAAAGAAAAAGAAAGCUGAAGCUACGGUUAAACCUGUCGAACCUGCCGCACCGUCGGCUCUUCCUGUGUCCAAUAAACCGGUCACACUCAAUUUCAAAGGCCUCAAUAAGCAAAGCACAGGAACUACAAUCAAACCUCUCGCCCUUGGCUUCUCGGCGGACGAUGUUCCCGACGAAGAGGAGCAAGAGGACUCCGUAGAUCAGAGUAAACUGGCUGCGGCAAAGAAUGUUGCUCCGCUCAUCGCGAGCAAGAAGACGGUGAACAACAUCAAUAAAUGGAAUCAAGUGCAAGAAGAGCUAUCUUCUACCCUGUCUCCUUCGACGACUCCGAAAGAAAAUCCAAUACCUGUUCCCACAACCAGCAAGUCGCAAUCACCCCCGACGGAAUCUGAGUUCGAAUUUUCAGACGUUGAUGCAUUGAGUUGUCUUCUGUGCAGUCGCCAAUUUAAAUCCAUGGAUCAGCUGAAACGUCACAACAACGAAUCGGAAUUGCAUAAGAAGAAUUACAAGGAUUCAAACUCGCGAGAGGUUGCUCGCCAAAAGUUGGCUGCUCGCAAGGCAGCUUCUGCAAGCAAUGCCGAACAGCAACCAAAGUAUCGGGAUCGAGCUUCGGAAAGGCGUACUCUCUUCAACCAGCCUGAUGCCCCGAUCGCAGAACCUGACGGUGGAUACCAGGCUGGUAAGAAAAGACACGCUGAUGGACCUCCUCCACCACCCUCGCCACCACCCCCGCCUGUGAAUCCUGGGCAAGAUGCAAGUAACGUUGGCAACAAGCUGCUGAAGAUGAUGGGGUGGACGGAAGGAGCAGGCCUCGGCAAAGAAGGUGAUGGACGCACCGAACCGAUUAAAACCGCAAUGUAUGCGGAAGGUGUCGGAUUAGGUGCAAGUAAGGGGAAAGAGAUAGAGAAAGUUGCCAAUACUGGGUACCUAGCGAUGGCUCAACAGUCGGCCCGCGAGAGAUACGCGCAGUAGUUGUUUAAUUUUUGUUCACUUUUACCUCGAUAUCCAUCUAUGUAUGCGAUCUUUUCAACACCUUUUGAAUAAGCACUCAGCUUUUAUCUUU